AUGCCCGUAAAGGAUUUAGAAAAAAAUACCAACGAAGCAAAUGGCAAUAUCAACGAAAAUCAACCAGUCAAAGAAAUUACUCAAACAGACAAAUUAAAUAAACGACUUUUACAGUCAUUUCUGAUCAAGAUAAAUCAAGGGGAUCAUAAGUAUUUUAAUAACGCCCAAAGUCAGCAGCCUGAUUCAUGUGGACACCCACAAGAACCCGAUUUUUCAUAA